GUCGUCUCGCAUUGCUUCACUUCUGUCAUCUGUUCAGCAACUACCGACCAACCAAGCAACCAACCAUGCCAAAGGCAAAAAUGACCAGAUCGCCCAAGACCCAGUCACGGCGCAGAGAACACAACAACGACGUGCACCAACCUGGGCCCCCGCCCGUCAUUACAGCCCCUACCCAACUGUCUGAAAGUUUUUCAGACAUUGUUACUUUGACGCCUACCAAUUUGUGGCCCGCGGAAGAUAUCCGUCACCUGGAUCUCCACAAUCCAGUGGUAUCUGCCGCCUUUUCUCUGGCCGCAAAGAUCCUCUCAAAUCCAGCGACGCUGCAGGCUUUCGUCUUACACGUUGUUCCAAGAAGCACGAAGCCCUCCGAACGGACUCGCCCCGACUCCGACUAUGAGCUCUUGGCAACCAUCAAGCAUACGCACAUCGCCAACGAAAUCCGGCGUUGUUUGCCCGUUAUUAAGGUGCAAGACUUGGAGAAGGCGUACAUGGUGUCAGAGAUCGAUCCCCAAAAGGAGAGAGACACACUUAUUGUCCGCACAGAACUCGCAUUGCUGUGUACCAGCAGUAUAUCGGACACCGAGAGGGUAUAUCUAGCGGUAUUGUUUGGAAUCAAACUAGCCCAUGAAGUUGGGCACGUCUUGCUGUUUCGUUCUGGAUUCGGCGCACGGACGACGUCAAAGGGGACCGUGCCAAGGACCCCUCCCGGUAUUAUGGGAAGCGAGGCGGGAACGUUUUUUGAGCACCAAUUCGCUGGUGGAUAUGUUACGCAUCUCCGAGAAGCGGAGCGCCAAUGGCUACACUGCAUGGGUCUCGUAGUCAAGACCCGGGUGGGUACAGCGCAUCUUGUCCCGCUAUCGUGGGCAAAACAGCUGUUGAGGGAGGAGUUUUGGAAAGAUCUCACCCGCCUAUCAGACUGUAAUGUCCCGCUGGAGCAAUCACCCGCCUUGCCAAACUCCAAGAAGUUGGUGUUUGCUUCCUCAAACGAGGAAUUAGAAUUGAUGGACGAGGAUGAUGACGAAUCAGAGGAUGACGACGAAAAUGUUGUUGAACUUCCGGACGGAUGGGAGGUGUUCAUGGAGGUUCACGAGAAAAGGGUGAAGGAAUAAAGCUUUUGGUAGAUUUAGCUCUGUUGCGUGGCUUGAUCUUUUGGGUUGAAAUCCCCUGGCAGCCUUCGGGCUGCCUAAAAUGGCUGGC